AGCUGUCGUAUUUAAGCUGUCUUCCUCCAAGUUCUCCGGGCGCAUUCUUGUGGAGGAGCAUCAGCACCAGUAAAACAUGGCCAGCAGAAAGACCAAGAAGAAGGAAGGAGGAGCCAAGAGGGCACAGAGAGCCUCCUCCAAUGUCUUCUCCAUGUUUGAGCAAACACAGAUCCAGGAGUUCAAGGAGGCCUUCACUCUCAUUGAUCAGAACAGGGAUGGGUUCAUUGAUAAGGAAGACCUGAAGGACACGUAUGCCUCUCUGGGUAAACUGAACGUCAAAGACAAUGAGCUGGAGGAAAUGCUGAAAGAAGCCAGUGGCCCCAUAAACUUCACCAUGUUCCUUAACCUGUUUGGAGAAAAGCUACAUGGCACGGACCCAGAGGAAACCAUUUUAAAUGCCUUUAAAAUGUUUGAUCCUCAAGGCAAGGGACAUGUUCACAAAGAUGAAUUACAACGUAUUCUGAUGACACAGGCAGACAAGUUCACAGCAGAAGAGGUAAAGCAGAUGUUUCAGUCCUCCACCAUUGACCAAUCAGGGAACCUGGAUUACAAAUCCCUUUGUUACAUCAUCACACAUGGGGAGGAGCAGGAAGAGUAACAGAGCCGCCCAGUGCCCAGAGUCACUGCUGUUUGCUCAGUGCUGACUGUAAUCUCUAGUCUUACAGGCAUUCUCCAGGGCUCAAGGUCCAAUGCUAAAUGCAAACAAUUCAAUUCUUUUCAAAUUGUAAAAUACUUAGCUGAAGUAAAACCGUGCCACGAGAA